UCUGACUGGUUGCUGCUCAGUCCACCGCUUGGUGGAGACUGGUGAGAAGUAUAGACACUCUGGCUCAGAGCGGGAUAAACACGGGACGAAGGUGGAAAAAAUACGAACUCUCCAUCACGCUUUAGACUCGAAUUAAUCACCGUGUGCUCAUUCGGACCGGGAGAUUUGUAGCUGCCGCAGUGGCUUGUUCCAGCAGCGGGCAUUUGCUGCUUGAUACCCGGACGCGUCCGCAGUGCUGGAUUUUGCAGUUCUGAAGUAAAUUAGAUCUACAGACCAACACUCUCUCAUCAUAAAACCUUGACUGGUGGCUUGUCAUCUUAAAAGAUUUUCUCGAAGGGCCUCUGAUUGGAUACUUGUGAAACUGGGAGGACCAAUCAGAUCUCUGCAGCUGUGUGGGACACAAAACGAAAAUCUGGUCAUGAGCGGGGAAUCUGAUGAGAAAUGAGGUCCUCGGAAAACACAAGCACUUCCUGCCCCGUGGGAGGCUAUGCAUGGAAAUGCUCAGAUACGCUAUCUGAAAAGCUAAUGAACAUAGACUCUGGUCAUAAAUGAAGCUUCCUUUCCAGUGUGACAAGACACCAAGCAUACACUGAAAAGAUAAAAACGAUAAUUGUUUUUUUUUCUAAAGCUGAUAUUCCUAACAGCACUGAACAAUCAUCCAUGUGAUUUCAACACAUCCAAUUACAAAUCAAAGACUUGUUGAAUAUCUUGCUGAAUACUGCUGAAGAUCAUAACCUGUGUAAACAAAACAAAAAACGCCUGGAGCUAUGACUGAAGCACAGAUGUCCAUUUCGUCUGGGUCCAGUGGACAUGGAGGAGGUAUGGUGACCAGUGCCUUACUUUGCUGGGCUAUGGCUCUCGUGUUCCUCUCAUUGACAAGGGUGCCUGUUGUCCAAGGUGAUUGCUGGCUGAUUGAAGGGGAAAAGGGAUUUGUGUGGUUGGCAAUUUGCAGCCAGAACCAGCCACCAUACGAAAAUAUCCCCUUGCAUAUUAACAGCACAAUUGUUGACCUGCGACUCAAUGAGAACAAGAUUCGAAGCAUCCACUAUUCUUCCUUAAGUCGUUUCGGCAAUCUCACAUACCUGAAUCUGACUAAGAAUGACAUAUCUUACAUUGAAGAUGGGGCUUUCUCAGCCCAAUUUAAUCUCCAAGUGUUGCAAAUUGGCUUCAACAAGCUAAGGAACUUGACCGAGGGAAUGCUAAGAGGUUUGGGACGCUUACAGUACCUCUAUCUUCAGGCUAACCUGAUCGAGACUGUCACAGCCAAUGCCUUCUGGGAGUGUCCUGCGAUUGAAAACAUCGACCUUUCCAUGAACAGAAUUCAGCAGCUUGAUGGUGCUACAUUUCGUGGUCUAUCGAAGCUUACGACUUGCGAGCUCUAUGCAAACCCGUUCAGUUGCUCAUGUGAGCUGUUAGGAUUCCUGCGCUGGCUUGUUGCAUUCCCAAACCGGACAAGUGAGCGGAUGGUGUGUGACACACCCGCUGGCUUUUCAGGCUACAGUCUCUUGAGUCAGAACCCCAGAAUGCCAAGAUUUCGCAAUGCUUUUCAUGCACUCUCCUCUGUCUGCACCGAUGACAACGUGACACCGUAUCUUCACGGCUCUUCAGACGGGAGCACUCCCACGAUGUUGCCUGAUUUGAGCCCUUGCGGACUGGAUGACUGUUCCUCAGGGACAUUUCCAGAAGAGUCCAUAAGCAUCAGUCCCACCUUUCUGGAUCCAGAUGCCCGUCCUAUAAUGAAACUAAAAGAAGUUACCCAAACAAGUGCAAUAAUCAUGAUCCAGAUUCCAAAUCCAUUUCGCAAAAUGUACAUCCUUGUCCUGUACAAUAACAGCUUCUUCACUGACAUCCAAAACCUGAAAAGCCAGAGAGAAGAAAUAGAAUUACAGAACCUUAAAUCUCACACUAACUACACAUAUUGUGUGGCAUCUAUUCGUAACUCCUUGAGAUUCAACCACACCUGCCUGACCAUCUCCACAGGGCCAAGGACAUUGCAAGAACGUGUGGCAAAUGACUCAACUGCUACUCAUUACAUUAUGACCAUCCUCGGUUGUCUCUUUGGGAUGCUCAUUGUACUGGGUAUAGUGUUUCAUUGCCUGAGAAAGCGCAAACAUCAAGAUGAGCCAAAGAGUAAGAAGCUGGAAAAGAUGAAAAGAAACUUAAUUGAGAUGAAAUAUGGAACUGAACUGGAACAAGGGACUAUAUCACAGCUGUCACAAAAGCAAAUUCUGUCCACUGGUGAAACAGUACAAAGGAUGCCAUACUUGCCAGCUGCCAGUGACACAUAUCAGUAUAAGAUGCAAGAGAUCUCUGGGACACCAAAGACUACAAAAGGGAAUUACAUGGAAGUGAGAUCAGAGCAACCAGAACGCAGUGUGAGGGAAUGCAGCAUUCCUCCAUCGGAAACCAGCCAGGGAUCUGUUGCAGAGAUAUCCACCAUUGCAAAAGAAGUGGACAAAGUGAACCAGAUCAUUAACAACUGCAUCGACGCACUCAAAUCCGAUUCAACAUCAUUCCAGGCCGGAAAAUCCGGUGCCGUGUCCACAGCGGAGCCGCAGUUAGUCCUCAUAUCAGACCAUCCACCAGGCAAGUCUGGUUUUCUGUCUCCAGUGUACAAAGGAUCGUACCAUCAUCCCCUACAGAGGCAUCACAGUAUGGAUGCCCCACAAAAGCGUGCAAGCACGUCCUCGAGUGGUUCGCUCCGCAGUCCACGCUCUUUCCGUUCUGAAGGAGCUUACAGAUCAGAGUCCAAAUAUAUUGAGAAGGCAUCUGCGCUCGAUGAGUCAGGAAUCAUAACAGUCACGCCAGCGGCUGCGAUCCUGAGGGCAGAGGCAGAGCGGAUUCGACAGUACAGUGAGCAUAGGCACUCCUACCCUGGUCCCCACCACAUAGAGGAGUCGAUAGAGGUGUCAGGGAGCCGAAAGUCCUCCAUUCUGGAGCCGCUGACGCGCUCGAGACCACGGGAGCUGUCCUAUUCGCAGCUCUCACCACAGUACCACAACCUAAGUGGCUAUUCCAGUCCUGAGUACAGCUGUAGGCCUUCUUUUAACCUGUGGGAACGUUUUAAACUCCACCGCAAACGUCAUAGGGAUGAGGAAGAGUACAUUGCAGCAGGUCAUGCAUUAAGGAGGAAAGUACAGUUUGCCAAAGAUGAGGACCUACAUGACAUUCUGGACUACUGGAAAGGGGUCUCUGCUCAGCAGAAAUCAUGAUUGCUGUUUUUAUAGCUCAUCCAAUUAAAGAAGACUACACAAAUCUCUGGACCAAACCAGCCAGUAUCAAUGAUUAAGUGACAAGCAAGCACUCACUUUUAGAGAAAUAGCUUAGAAGUAUUGCUAGCUCUUUUCAAUCAUUCUGUUUGAGAAUGAAAACUAAAUACAAGAUACUGUAGACCUUGCAGUGAGUGUACGUGCCAAGUGGUAAGAAUAGAAAACUUUUAACAGUAUUAACCUCAACUCAACAUUUGAUUUUUAUAUAUUGGAAAUAACAAUAAACUACUAUUAUAUGAUCAUCAUCAUCAUCAUGACCAUCAUUGAUUAGUAGUAUUACUGUUAAGAUUGAUUCUUCUUAUUAUUACAAUUAAUCUUUGGUUAUCGCAUGGCCGUGUCCUGUGACAGUAUUGACUGUUGUGUACUUGGAAAAACAUACAACUCAAAAUGUCUGCCGAACACUGUUCUCCCCAACCUUAGGUUUUUAUACAGACUGCGCAACUUUGAAAACGCUCUUUUUUUCUUCUUCUUUAGCGACUGUUCAAAGGACAACCGCUGAAUUUGCUACAGAAGCACACCUCUACUGGAUUUUAAAACAACGACUUUUCAGAAAAAAAAAGCUUCUCUCACUGCUUUCUCCAUUCUUUUUUGUAAAGUUUACAAUUUCAAACAUACAAUGAAUGUUUCAAGUCCUUAAGACUUACACCUGCAAUGUGAUUACAAUUACAUACAGACACAGCUGUGCAGGUAAAACUGGCUUUCUAUGGUUGUAUUUCAUUAACAGAUCUUCAAGCAGUGCUACUGAGAAAACUGAACCCACAAACUCCACACAAGUCCUGCAUAUCGGAGAAUGAAUGUACUCUGUU